AUGGCUGCCCCCCUCAACCCUCAUGCGCCGGUUUACAUUCCGUCUUCCUUCUUCUCUCCGUUUGGAAGCUAUUACUCCUCUCCUCUUCCUGCUAGUUAUCAGCACCCUUCUGAUACUCCACCCUCUUGCCUUGCGUUCAACCAACCUCCGGUUCAGACUACUACUGGUUUCUGCGGUGCUGCCCCUCCGAUGAAUCCAUUUCCUUUUUGUUACUACUCUCUUUCUCCUCAUGCUCUUCCCCACAGCGCUUACCGUACUAGCUGGAAAGUGUUUGCUUGUGGUCAGAUCCCUCCGAUGCCCCUCCAUGGCCCGAAAGCUCACGAGCGGGCUACUCUGACUCUUCUCAGCGAGGAAGAGGAGAGUGGGGGGAAGCCAGAAGAAAACCCUGUUCCACAAACUAAAGUGAAGGAAGAGGUCAAGGGCGGUUGCAGAGCUGCUGACAAAGCUCGGAUGGGCUUCAAGGGUUCUGGAGGCGGUGGUUCCUUUGUCUACAGAAGGAAAGCUGUCGCGCCGAGGAGAAGUGAGCGCAGAAGGGUUCAGGCGCUGAAUAAGAAGGGGAGUGUGGAAUUCGAGUUCAAGAAGCUUGUGCGUGGUGCAAGUGAGUUACUGGAUGACGGGAAAACCACGGUCAUGAUCAAGAACUUGCCCAACAAGUUCACCAAGGAGAAGCUAUUAGGCAUAUUGGAUAAGCACUGCUCCGAAGAGAACCAUAAGUUAAGCAACGAUGGUGCUGAGAAGCUCUCGGAGUCGGGAGGUGGAGAAAUGUCAUCGGCCGCUUUUUCUGAGUUCGAUUUCUUGUAUCUGCCCAUAGAUUUCACGACUGGCAGCAACAUGGGCUAUGCCUUCGUCAACUUCACCAGUGCAGCCGCUGCAUGGAGGCUGUACAACUUUCUCCACAACUACGACUGGAAGUUCCACGGCUCUCGCAAGAUAUGUGAGGUCACAUACGCCAGAAUUCAGGGUUUGCCGGCGCUGCAGAAGCAGUUCAGGAAUUCAACUUUUGUGUGCGGGAGUGACGACUUCCUUCCAGUGUGUUUCGUCCCGCCUCGCAAUGGAUACUGUCAGCCGUCGUUUCAGUUCUUGGGCCGGCGAGAACUUCCCCUUCACGCCGACCCCAAGGCAUGA